UCAUCCCGUGCAAAUGCACCCCCUCCUCUGGUGGGCCGCUGUCGCCGUCGCCGCCUGGUGCUGUGUCCAGGUCGUCGCAUGCGUUGUCGGACGCUGCCUGAUGGGCCGCAGGCCCUUCCCUGAUUGCGGCGGCAAGGUGACCACCGUCCGAAGCGCGCAGGAGUGGGAGAGCCUCCUCGCCGCCGCCGCCGCCGCAGGCGAGCGGGUGCUGAUAGACUGCUACGCGACGUGGUGCCCGCCCUGCCGCACGGCGGCGCCCGCCUUUGCCCGGAUGAGCUACCAGUACGCCGGCUGCCGCUUUGCCAAGCUGGACGUCGACGCCGCGCGCGAUCUGGCGGCCUCGCUGCAGGUGCGCGCGAUGCCAACCUUCCUCCUGUUCGGCGUCCCCGCGCCCGGCUGCCCGCACAUGGUCAAGCUGGACGGCUGCCAGGGUUGGGAUGAGGGGCGGGUGCGUUCGCUCCUCGAGUCGCGCGGCGUGGCGCGGCGGCCGAUCGCGGAGGCGGAGGCGGAGGAGGAGGCGGACCGCGCCGCCGCCGCAGCCGAGUCAGACUGCUGCGAGGGGGAGCGGUGUCGGCUGGUGAAGUCGCCGCAGGACCACGUGUGACCGGAGCGGAAGCGCUGAUGCGGAACCGGGGCAGUGAGCCUUGCAUUUUUUAUGUUCUCCCCGCUGCGAGUGGAUUCUUUAAAUAAAGCCGUU